AAUAACACGGGCGAUGACAAGACAGAACAGAACAAGGAUCAUAGAAACAGAACAUAGUUUCUCGUAACAAGCCUUGGUGCCCACGUCUCAUCUCUUCACAUAUUUCUCUUCGUCCUGCUUUUGUCAUUUUCGCUUAUUCUGGAACCCUCUCUUCUAUCGCCCUAACUUGCCACGCCUGACACGCUAAGGUGGUCGGUCUGUUGUGCUUUAUCUGUACCGCAUUUGGGUGUUUACAGAACAAUGUCACAGGUGGAGAUAGUAAUUCUCCUAUAAAGACCAUCUUCGUUGCCAUAGCCGUAUCACUACUUAAUUGAAAGUGCUCAUUAGCAAGGGAGUCUGUCUUGCCGCACCUCGCUAUUGGUGAACUUUGUUGGUUGUGAGAUUCAGAAUUGAAGAUAUGGGUUCCGUAGGACACGAUGUGAGGACUGUGCUGGUCACUGGAGCAGGAGGCAGGACCGGUAGCCUUGUCUUUGACAAACUGAAGAAAACGGGGAAGUUCGUGGUGCGUGGCUUAGUGCGAACGGAGGAAGUCAAGGCUAAAUUGGGAGGAGAGGGUGUUUUCAUCGGCGACAUCACGAAGCCAGAGACCUUGAGUGCUGCGGUUGAAGGCAUCGAUGCUUUGAUUAUCACUACGAGUGCGGUGCCAAAGAUGAAGCCAGGAUUUGACCCUUCCAAGGGUGGGCGCCCGGAGUUUUACUACGAAGAGAAUGGAUUUCCAGAGCAAGUCGAUUGGAUUGGACAGAAGAAUCAGAUUGACGCUGCUAAGGAUGCAGGGUGCAAGCACAUUGUGAUUGUUGGAUCCAUGGGAGGUCAAAAUCCUAACCAUAUGUUGAAUUCUCUCGGAAAUGGGAAGAUUCUGAUCUGGAAGAGGAAGGCAGAGGAGUAUUUAUCAAAGUCUGGUGUACCUUACACAAUUAUCAGAGCAGGAGGGUUGCAAGAUAAGGAUGGUGGCAUACGCGAACUCCUCAUUGGCAAGGAUGAUGAACUUCUGAACACCGAUACGAAAGCUAUCACUCGAAGUGAUGUUGCGGAGCUCUGCAUCCAGGCUUUGUUGAACGAGGAGUCCAAGAACAAGGCUUUCGAUGCUGCAUCCAAAUCUGAAGGACAAGGAACGCCCACCACCGACUUCAAGUCUCUCUUCGCCAACGUAACGACCACGUUCUGAGUUGUUUUAUAACGUAGUUGUUUAGCAGCGGCAACAACUUGAGUCGUUGCAUGGUUAAUGACAUGUGGCGCAUAGUUUCGAGAUGGCAUGCAGCGCAUCCAUCUCGCCAAACUUUGUACGUAUUGUUAAAUUUAAUGUAGUGUUCAAUAUGCUAAGUCGAAUAGCUGGCGCUCACUGAAUACCUCGGCUUUCAGUUGCUGUUUAAAUGCUGUUUGAUACAAAAUUAUACAAA